AUGGGGAAGGCGACAACUCUCUUCUCCAGCGCCUUUCUCGCCAUAGGAGGCUUUCUCUUCGGCUAUGACUCUGGCAUCAUCACCUCGACCAUCGCUCAACCUCAUUUUGUCGACUACUUCAGCAAUCCUUCCGAUGAAGUUACUGGUGGAAUCGUCUCCUGCUUUCAAGGAGGCGCCGUGCUCGGCACAAUCAUCAACAUGCUCUUCGCAGACAAGUUAGGCCGCAAAUAUACAAUAGCAGUUGGCUCAGUUAUCUCUGUCCUCGGAGGUGCACUUCAAGGCGGCGCCGUGGCCAUGUCGAUGUUGAUGAUCGGUCGUUUCAUCGCAGGCAUGGCUGUUGGUAUGCUCACUAGUACCAUUCCACUAUAUGCUGCUGAGCUUUCCGAGGCCAAGUACCGAGGAUUACAAUCUGGACUACUCCAAUGGUUUCUAUCUUGGGGCUUCCUUGUAGCUCAAUGGCUGGGUUAUGGACUCUCUUUCACAUCCACUUCGGUCCAAUGGCGUUUCCCUUUGGCUUUCCAAUGCACCCCGCCUCUUAUACUGCUCGGCGGCAUCUGGUUCUUACAAGAGUCGCCGAGAUGGCUUAUGGAGAAAGAUAGGAUCGAGGACGCUCAUGCUGCUCUCUGCAAACUUCGAAGUGGCUCAUCAACCGAACACAUUGAGCUUGAACUACGUGAGAUUCAAGACGUUAUUGCCGCCGAUCGCCUCCACAAUCAGACUUCAUGGACGACCAUUUUCACGAAGCGGUCCUGGUUCAAACGGCUACUCCUUGGGUGCGGUAUUCAAGCAUUUGGUCCAUUGUCUGGUAUCAAUGUCAUCAAUUACUAUGGUCCCCGAAUUUAUGAGAUACUCAACAUCUCCACUCAAACCUCUCUGAUGAUCAUAGGUAUCAGCGGAGCACUCUCUGUUGUAUACUGUACCAUCGGACUGCUUCUGGUGGACAAGGUCGGUCGUAUCAAGCCACUCAUCGUCUCAGCUGCUGGUCUGGCGGCGGCACUGGUUGCCAAUGCGGCCAUGUCACAACACUUGAACCCGGACAACCACAACCAACUCAGAGCUAUGGUGGCUAUGAACUUCGUCUUUUCUCUCUUCUACACGCCACUUGGCAUCAUCUCAUGGGUCUACCCAGCCGAGAUCUUUCCUGUCGAAGUCAGAGCCCUUGGCAAUGCUUGUUCAACUUUUACGAACUGGCUGGUAAACCUUGUCUUUGCGCAGUUCAGCCCGCAAGCUCUGACGGCAAUUGGCUUCCGCUAUUUCUACCUCUUCUUUGCUCUGAAUCUGGUGUCAAUGUGCUGCUAUAUAUCCUUCUACCCAGAGACCAAGGGCCGUACUCUGGAACAAAUGGACGAACUCUUUGGCGAUCAAUUGGUUCCACACGCAUUACAAGACCCCGAGGGCGCAGCGAGAGCAGAAAAGGAGCUCGAAGUCGCUGUCAUUGAGCGAGUGAACUGCACCGCUUGA